AUGGCCAGCCACGAGCUCGAGCAGGCGAAGGAGCGGCUCGGGGGUAUUCUGGCCAAGGCGAGGAAGCUCGAGCUGCAGGCCAAGGAGGUGUUGGCGACGAGGCCGGCGAGGAAGCUCCUGGCACGGACCAGCGGGCCCCUGGGGCGGUGCGCCCUCAGGCUCGGCGUGCUCGUCCUCGUGCUUGCGGGCCUUUACGUCUACGCUAGGUGGCCAACGCAGUGGCCGACGCAGGAAGCCGAGACCGUCAGGACGGUCAUCAGGAGAACGUGCGGCUCCGGCGACAUUGUCGACAGAGUGGCCGCGUUCGUGCACACGAGCUCGUCGACGCAGGACGACUGCUAGUGCCGGCCAAGGACUCCGAGGCCAACCGCAUCUUCGAGGAGCCUCGGAGCUAUAUCGGCGUGGC